CUCCACUCGUCCAUCUUACUCUCUUCUCCAUCUAUACAGCAUGGGUGCCGACGGUGGAAGCAUCCCCGACCGGCGCGACCUCGUCAAGACCCGCGGCAAGGCCGCGGUCGCCGACAAAGCUGUGGCGCGCGAGCGCUUCUUCAACUGUGCUCUCAGCAGGAAACGCUUGGCCAAGCCGGUUGUCGCGGACCCUCUGGGCAAGCUGUACAACAAGGACGCGAUGAUUGAGUACCUCCUCGACAAGAGCGCGUACGGGGACGGAGAGCAGAUCUGCCCUUACAUCCUCGGCGUCAAGGACCUGCUGACGCUGAACGCGCAGCCCAACCCCGACGAGGGCGAGGGCAAAGCGCCCUUCGUAUGCUGGCUCAGCUUGAAGGAGAUGAACGGCGCCGUGCCGUUCAUUGCCCUCCGGCACUGCGGGUGUGUGUUCGCCGAUGGAGCGCUGCGCGCCGUACUCCCUAAUCUCGCCAAGGUCGGCGACGAGGCCGUGGGACCUACAGAGGAGGCCUCAUGCCCGAACUGCACCAAGCCAUUCCACCCGACGUCUGCCGCUUCUGUGCUCCCAAUCUACCCGUCGCAGGACGUGCAGGAGGUGCUGCUCGCGACACUAUUCGCAACGCGCGCAGCUGCAAAGGCCAACAAGAAGCGGAAGAAGGAGGGCAAGGAGAAGGACGGGAAAGAGAAAGAUGGCAAGGAGGAGAAGGGAGAACGCGCUUCGAAAGUCGCAAAGCUCAAAACCGAGGCGAGUAGUCGGUCGGCGUCCGGGUCACCGGCACCAGUGUCCAACGCGUCACUGGCGCCAAGCGUGCGCGCACAACUGGCGGAGCACGAGAAGAGGAGGCAGGCUGCAAAGGCGGGGAUGAGCGACGCCGUCAAAGCCAUGUUCCAUAAGAACGAUGGGGCGAAAAAGGGCGACGUUGCCGAUUUCUUUGGGCGCACAUUCAACCGCUACGCGACGAAUUAGUAUCUGAUCGCCAUCCAGCAUUCGGGCCAGUUGUUGUAUCAACAUUCUGCAUAUUAGUGACUGUAAGCUACGCUUAGGCGUAUAUGUGACUGUGAGCUACUGAUACACUAGGCCGCGACUCGAGUUGGGAUUGGAGGGAGGAAGGGGGGAUCUCGAUAUUAAGAAUUAGAGAAGACGGCCACCAUGUCAAGGGGUGUUCAGAAGUCCCUCGAUGGACCUGCGGGCCGAUGUCAUCACGGAGUUGUAGACCUUGGCCCAAGGCUCGGCGUUGUGGCGGAACCGCUCUGAGGAGGGCGGAGGAAGACUACCGGGCGGGAGGAUGCCGCCAUAAACUUCGACGGUAGGGUUGUGAUCCUGCAUGAUGCAGAUAGAGCU